AUGGGCGACGACGACUGUUAUGCACUUAAAUGCUCGAAGGUGAAGCCGUUGACCCUCAGAAACGACCGCCUCUUUUACGACUCAGAACGCCUUGUACCGAUUACGCCCUUUACGUCGCUUGUUAACGAAUCGGACGCUUACGUCGCCUACGUUGAACACGACCUACUGCACGGUUUCUCGGCUAUCCUCACCCCGACGGCUUCUGAGCAGUACUCUGUAGAUCCUCGGGACCCCGAUCUUCGCAGGAUCCGAGAUACACUCGAUUCCAUCAGGGGCGCUGGCGCCUCGCAGCCAGGCUCGUCGAUGCCGGGAGAGCGGGAUGGAUCCUCCUCGACCCAUGACGCUGGAGGACCUUCUCUUGCUCCUGUCACUGAGGAGGCCGCCUCGCAAGCCAAUCCAGGGACGCAAUAUCCUUCGCCUGCAGUCCCUCGCGUUGACAAUGCAGCACCGCCGUCGAUACUACCCUCGAACCCCGGGCCGUCAUCCGCGGCGCCAAUGCCAGUCCAAGGGCAGACCGCUGCAGCCACAAGCAUCGGCGGCCACUCAAGCAGUGCCCCGACGCGUCCCCCACGAAAUCCCGAGCGGGCCCAGUCCGUCGCUGCUCGUGACGCGGGGGAACCUCUUGUCGCUCCCAACACCGGAGAGGGCAGCGCGCAAGCAAAUCCCGAGCCCCAGCCUCCGUCGCCUACCCCGACUCGCAUCGAGUAUCCGACCUCGCCGCCACUCGUGACUGCCUCACCCUCACCCUCACCCGAAGCGUCGGAGUCGGCGUCGGCUGCACCGCAGCCCGCGAUCUUUGACGUCCUACGGCUCCUCUCCUACAUUGCGGAUACCCUCUUCACCAUCAGCGGGCAGCUGGAUGCCAACAACAACAUACUCGUCGAACGCAUCAACGUUACCUCUGGCCAUAGCUAUAGAAUCCUUGGGGACAUCGUUCAAGCUACGCAGAGGCGCGGCGGGAGGUCCGCCACGCUUUCAUCGUCCUACGAGGCCCCCUCAGGGGCUUCUGGAGCUCUGCCGCCUGAACCACCCGAGGUAGUCUCGGGCAUCCCUGCUGGGAGGGCGGAAACUCCUCAGCCUGAGCUGAUCGCAGAUUCGGAGCAAUCACCAUACGUUCCCACCGAACUCGACACUCCUCAUGAUGAUGUGCCGGCGAGUUUGUCCAUCGAUAUCGUCGAGGAGGACAACGAACUUCUGCCUGUUGACCUUGGAGGCGGAGGCGAUGCGCAUGCGGCCGAGGCUGCGACCGCGCCGGCUCAGGCUCUCGACCCCAUGAACGGGCCUCUCGACGAGAGCGAGGUGCGCGAAUACGCGACCGGAAUUCACGAAGACGCGGCGACGCUUGCCAAUGCCGCUGGAGUUCUCUCUCAACCCGAUCAGGUCGUCGGUGCUGACGUCGGACAGGCGGAUGGCAGCCAGGAGCCAGCUGCACCCUUUGAGGCGCUACCCUCAGCCUCAGACGUCGCAUCGCUCAGUGACGACGACUCUGAGCGCUCGGUCAUGGAGCCGACGGCCGCACCCGACGAGGGUCCCAUCGACACCCUCGUAAGCUGCCGCUCGACCAACGAGUUUUGCCCAGGCACUUUGCAGCUCAUUGUCGACGUCGGGACCAAUGGUGUAGUUCGCACCGGUGACAAGCUCUUCUUCCUCGGUGACUUCGACGAGGCUAUCAACCGACUUCCCAGUAUCUGCACCGCGCGCGAUACUCAAUGGUCCAAGCUGCACCUUCGAAUCGGUCAGUCGGAAGAACGCAAUGGUCAGGACCCUAUGCUCAGGGUUUUGAGCUGCCUCAGGCCGUUUCUGCGCCGCUUCAUCGGGGUUCACCUUGUCAUGGAUGUCGAUCGCGAAGUUCAAGGCUCGGAGCGAGGCAGUUUCAAUCUCGAUUUUCUGUGCCUCCGUUCCCUCUGCUGGAAGUUCUAUCGCUUGACGUUCGAAGCCUAG